AUGGGUCAGUGUGUGGGAAGAGAGAAAGCUCAAAGAUUCAAGUGUCCUGGUUCGGGUCUCUUCCAGUGUUCUCUGACUGGACUGGUGUUUGACAUGACUCAGGAGGUGGAAGUUCUGUACAGGAUUAUCCAGUGGGAUCAGAGUAUCCUCCAAUCAACUAGAAAGACAGCAGCAGGACCACUGUUUGAGAUAAAGAGCUAUGAGGAUGCAAUUCGUCAACUCCACUUCCCACACUGUGAAACAGAUGAAGCUGUGCUCUCUGAUGACUCGCUGUCUGUCAUCAACUUCUCCGAUGAUGGAUUUAGCGUCCUACAGCCACUGAAGAUCACAGAUACUCAUGUGAUUGUAGAAGUCUCCCACCUCUCUGCCUUUGGGCUUAUCUGGGAUUUCGUAAAGAGGUUUUUGACCAUAAAGAAUCCAGUUAAGGGCCAAGUUUUACUGUUUGUCAGAGCAACACCGAUGGGAGCACAGACACAAAACCUUGAUGUUUUUCUCCUGCCAUGCAACGUCCCUCUGCACGAGGUGAAAGCACAGCAUCCACACUCUGUUUACAUCCCGGUGCCUUCCAACUGUAAACUCAUCAAAAAUGAGACUUACACUGUUCUUUGUCCAACAGCCAGGAAAAUCCAACCCAAGAAAGAGAAAUAA